AUGGAUGCUUUUGGUGGAGCUCCCCGAUUCCUUGCCUCUCCUCGUACUUUCUCAGUCCAAAGUGGCACGAAUGCCAUCCUGAAGUGGCAGGUGGCCGGGGAGCCGCGUCCCAGCAUUGUCUGGGAGAAAGAUGGCUCUGUGCUAGAGCUGCCCUCUGGCCGGAUGUUUCUUGAAGUGAACGGGGAUGCAUACAGCCUGCUGGUCUCUCAGGCUGGCCCAGGGGACAGCGGACGCUAUGUGUGCAAAGCAAAGAACAGUGUAGGUGAAACCUAUGCAGCUGCUCUGCUGAAAGUGGAAACAGGGUCCGAACUGAAACCUAAUGGAGAUCUUGACUGUCAGCCUCCCACCUUCUUGAAUAGGCCUGUCUCAGCAUGCGUGACCCGGGGUGAAGAUGUGACUUUUGCCUGUAGAGUCUCAGGGCAGCUUGAAUGGAAAAAAGAUGGACGCAGAUUAUCAGACAUCUUUGAGAGCAGCCAUUACAGAAUGGAUGUAGAGCCUGGGGAUUGGCAUUCUCUGCACAUCUAUAACACCCGAUUGCCAGAUGCAGGCGUCUAUGUGUGCCGAGCACAGAACAGCUUUGGGGAGAGCAUGGCUGCAGCGGUGCUCCUGGUAGACCCUGUGGCAUGCCUUCCUCAUAAUGACCCAUCUCAAGGGGCUCUGCAAAACAGCCAUUUCAAGAAGCCACCUGAGUCACAAGAGGAUAAGAGGCAUCCACACCACCCUGCACGCAUUGUAUUGUCUGAAGGCAGGCAGAAUGGAGAAGUGCUUCCCAGCUCCCCCCCUACAAAGUCUUUUACUGUGAAUGAAGGGAAGCAUGCCAAGUUCCGCUGCUACGUCAUUGGCAAGCCCAAGCCGGAGAUCGUCUGGCAGAAGGAUGGGAAGGUGUUGUCCCCUGGACGAAGACACCUGCUCUACGAGGAUAGAGAGGGCUACUUCAUCCUUAAGGUGUUGUACUGCACAGCACGAGAUUGUGGACUCUAUGUGUGCACAGCCUGCAACACUGCCGGCCAGACGCUCAGUGCGGUGAGACUCCAUGUCCAAGAACCCCAGCUACAGUUCCAGGCACCUUUGAUGGAUGUAGAAGUGAUGGAACACCAAGAUGCAGUCUUAGAGUGCCAGGUGCCUCUAGAGACAAUGCCUACCACAUGGUAUCUUGAAGACAAGCGCCUGCAACCCAGCCCCAAGUACCUGAUGGAGGAGCAGGGCCUACUGAGGCGGCUGACAGUGCGUGAUGCACGGGCCGAUGAUGACGGCAUCUACCUGUGUGAGAUGGAAGGCAAGGGCCGCAGCAUUGGGGAGCUCUCUGUGCAAGGUCUCAUUGUAAAGCGCUUGCCACGAAAACUGGAUGUGAUGGAAGGAGAAAAUGCAGCCUUCUAUGUGGAGACCCGGGAACCUGUGGAAGCACCAAGUUGGGGCCGUAAUGGGCAAGAACUGGUUGAGGCCCCACAUACGCUUAUUAGGAGCUUUGGGAAAACACAUAUUUUGGUAUUGGUACAUGUGUCACGGCAUGAUGCUGGAGUCAUCACUUUCAUGGCGGGCGACUCACAAACAUCAGCACAGCUUCGUGUGAAAUGUGCCAAAAGGAUUCCACCAAGUGCACCUGUGGAAGUAAAGAUGUGCACCAGACAUAGCAAUGCUGCCCUCCUGGCGUGGUGCCCACCACCAAAUCUACAUCGUAGCCCACCAAGCAGCUACAUCCUUGAGAGGCAGACUGUAGGAGAGGCUGAGUGGGUGCCUUGCCUAACCACUGAUGUCGCUAGCAUGGUUGAAGUUCCAGGGGAUGGUGUGCCCCAGGAGGCUGACUACCGCUUCCGUGUAUGCUCUGCCAAUCAGUAUGGGUGCAGUGAGCAUGUGGAAUUCCCAGGCUCCGUGCAUCUUGUGCCCAGAGCCCAUAUAAAGGAGGGACUGCAAGAUGUGACGGUUUGUAUCAAUGAGGAUGCCACUUUUUCAGUGAAGCUGUCAGCUCCCAUGUCUGGUUGCUGGUACCUCAGUGGGAAGAGGCUGGCAAAGGAAGAGGAAGACCAGCAGUACCUCAUCAUGCACAGUGGAGUGAGCCAUACUUUGCAGGUCAAAAAUGUGCAGUUAGCUGCCAAUGGGUCCGAGGUGCGAUUUGAAGCCAAUGGUGUGAAAGAAUCAGCAGUGUUGCAUGUACAAGAAACUCCUGUCCAUAUUAUGCACUGCAGCCCUGAGGAAGCUCACACCUACCUGGUCUCAGAGCGUGUGGUACUGGCCUGUGAGCUGUCCCGUCCUAACGCCCCUGUGUGCUGGUACAAGGAUGGGGAAAAGGUGGAGGAAAGCCAGGACCUCCUGCUGGAGAACGAGGGUCCACACUGCCGGCUGAUCCUUGUCUCUGCCCACAUCCAGGAUACAGGAGAGUUUGUGUGUGAUGCAGGUGGUGACUCUGCCUUCUUCAACAUCACUAUCACAGAGCCACCUGUACAGGUGGUGUGCUCCAAUGCAGAUGAGGCUCAUACCUACUGGGCUUUAGAACAAGUAACUUUGGCCUGUGAGCUGUCCCGCCCUAAUGCUCUCGUGCACUGGUAUAAGGAUGGGAAAGCAGUAGAAGAAACGGAGGGUCUGCGGCUGGAAAGCGAAGGGCCUCAUCACCGCCUGAUCAUUGCCUCAGCCCAGGUGCAAGACACAGGAGAAUUUGUAUGUGAUCUGGGAGGCGAUUCUGUCUUUUUCACUGUAACUGUUUCAGACCAUCCUGUAAGGAUCAUAUACUCCAAUGAUGAAGAGAGCCAUGUCUACCAGGUUGCAGAACGCAUAGAGCUAUCCUGCGAGCUUUCUCGUCCUGAUGCCCUCGUACAUUGGUACAAGGAUGGAGAAGAGGUGGAAGAAAGUGAAGGACUCCUACUGGAGAGUGAGGGCCCUCACCGUCGGCUGGUCAUUCCUUCAGCUCAAGUAAAAGAUUCUGGGGAGUUUGUGUGUGAUGCAGGUGGCGAUUCGGCAUUCUUCAACAUCACUGUCAAAGAACCACUUGUGCAAAUUGUGCAGUCCAAUGCAGAGGCCACUCAUGCUUAUCAGACCUCCGACCGCGUGGUGCUGACCUGCGAGCUUUCUUGCCCCAACGCCCCUGUCCAAUGGUACAAAGAUGGGGAGGAAUUAGAAGAAGGUGAUGGCUUGCUAUUUGAGAGCCAAGGGCCCCACCGACGACUCGUCCUUCCCUUCGCGCAAGUGCAAGACACUGGCGAGUUUGUGUGUGAUGCAGGCGAUGACUCUGCCUUCUUCAAUGUUACAGUUGCAGAGCCUCUGGUGCAGAUUUUGCAGCCAGUGGAACGUUCACUAGAGAAGCAGGUGCAGGAAUUUGACCGCCUAGAGUUGAGCUGCACAGUGUCCAUUCCUGAUGCCCCGGUGCGCUGGUUCAAAGAUGGCCUAGAGGUGGAUGAGACACACAACCUGUUGCUUCACGCAGAAGGUGCAGAACGUUGCCUGAUGAUCUUGCGGACAAGCGUUGAAGAUGCUGGGGAAUACAUCUGUGAGACCAAGGAUGAAUCUGUCUCCUUUGAUGUCAUGGUUUCAGAGUCCCCUGUGAAGAUCGUGCAGCCGCGCAGGACUCCCUCUGUCCUGAAGGCCUCAACGGGGGAUACAGUGGCCCUGGCCUGUGUGCUCUCCCAUGGGAAUGCGCCUGUCCACUGGGUUAAGGAUGGUGUCAGAGUAGAGGCCAACAGCGGCCUCAUCCUGGAGGAAGAGGGUGCCCGGCGGUGUUUGGUCAUCCCUGCAGCUGGCCCAGAGCAUUCUGGGAAAUAUAUCUGCCACACUCUUGAUGAUACCAUGACCUUCACCCUCCAGGUGUCUGAUCCCCCAGUCCAAAUAGUGGGGCGAGAUGAGCUGCAAACACACCACCAUUGCUUGGUUUCUGAAGACCUGGUGCUCUCGAUAACAUUGUCUUGCCCCAAAGGAGAGGUGAAGUGGUACAAGGAUGGGGAAAAACUGCAGGACACGGAACGUAUGUGGUUGGAACAAGAUGGAACACGACAUUCAUUGGUGAUUUCAGCAGUGGAAAUGUCUGAUGCUGGGGAAUAUCUGUGCGACAGUGGUGAUGAUAGCCUUAUCUUCUAUGUCAUGAUAGAAGUCCCUAGGUUGGUGGAGAUAAUUUCUGAGCUGCAUAAUUUAACGGUGCUGGAAGGGGAUGAUGCCAUUUUCAAAGUGGUGAUAUGUCCCGAUGAUGUCAGGUUGAAUUGGCAGCUGAAUGGACAAGACGUCGUGAACAGUGAGCGGUUGACCAUAACCAAGAAUGGGCUAUGCCACACCCUCACCCUACGACAAUGCCGCUUGAGUGACACCGGCAUAGUCACCGUCUGUGCGGAAGGUCUGUCAAGUUCAGGCAGACUCAGUGUGCAAGAGGCUCAGGUGCUGUUUGUCCGGACGUUGCGUGAUUUGGCGGCUGAGGAGGGGCAGGAUGUCCGCUUGGAAGUGGAGCUGAGCGUGGAGAGUGCGGAGGUGCAGUGGAUGAAGCAAGGCAUCUUACUGCAGCAGAAUCCAAGACUCUCCAUGGAGGUGCAAGGGCCAAAAAGGGUCCUUACCAUCCAUCAGAUUGAGCUUGCUGACCGAGGCACCUAUCGCUGUGAGAGUCUGCAUGAUCGCACUCAAGCCAGGCUGAGUGUGGAACCCCGGAAGGUGACAGUGAAGAAACCACUAUCAGAUGUGGAGACAUUGGAAAAGGAGACAGUGACAUUUGAGCUUGAGCUUUCUCACCCCAAUGUAUUGGGGGUCUGGACGCGUGACGGCAUCCGUGUGAAGCCUAGUUCCACCUGCCAAAUGAGUGCCACUGGUUGUGUGCACAGCCUGACGCUGCAAAGGCUCAUGCUAGAUGACACAGGGACUGUGGCCUUCACUGCGGAUACUGUGCGGAGCUGUGCGCGCCUUACGGUCCGAGAGCCACCAAUUACAAUGCUGCGCUUGCCCCAGGACUUGGGAAUUCCCGAGACAGGCUCAGCUACCUUUGAGUGUGAGCUGUCCCGACCCCUGGCUGAGGUGAAGUGGUACAAGGAUGGCAAGGAGAUCCAGGUGAGCCCCAACUGCCGCAUAUAUUCAGUGGGGCGUCGGCGUCUCCUGCAGCUCAACCAUUGCAGCCUUGAAGAUGCUGGCGAAUAUAUGUGUGAUGCUGGUGAUUGCCAUGCCUCUGCCAAACUGAGAAUCUUUGAACGUCAGGUCCAGAUUGUGCGAGAGCUGGAGGAUGUCCGUGUGCAGGAGAACGAGAAUGCUGUUUUCAUAUGUGAGGUGUCCCUAGCGGAGGUGAAAGGUGAAUGGUAUAAUAAUGGAGAGAGACUCAAAGUCACCAGCACUGUGAAAAUACGACAGGAAGGAACCCGCCACUUCUUGCUUCUGAGCUCUGCCCGCCCUGAGGACACAGGCCAGGUCCGUUUUGUGGCCAAGACAGCAGCUUCGGAAGCCAGGCUGGAAGUGGAAGCAUUGCCAAUUCGCAUUGUGAAGCCACUGCGUGAUAAAACUGUACUGGUGCGUCACAAAGCCACGCUGGAAUGCACAGUGUCUCAGGCUCGAGGACGUGUGCGCUGGUUUCGGGGUGACACAGAGAUCUAUGCUGGGCCAAAGUAUGAAAUCUGCAACUUGGAUUGUUAUCGAACUCUGGUUAUUCACUGUGUGGAGCCUGCAGAUGAAGGCCUGUAUACCUGUGAUGCCCUGGAUGAUCAUUCCACAGCCCGCCUGCUAGUGGAGGCUGAGGGAAUCCAGGUGGUCCAACCUCUGAAGAACGUGGAAGUGAUGGCUCCCUUUGAGGCGCAGUUUGAGUGUGAAAUAUCUGCCCCUUCAGACUUCACUCCCCAGUGGAGCCUCAAUGGGGAGGAGCUGCAGCCUGGCUUGCAGGUGCAGAUGGAGAGUGUGGGACACAUCCAUAAACUGAGGUUCUGCAGGACUAGCCCUAACAUGAGUGGGAUGGUGAAGAUUACCAUUGGUAAUGCCCGUUCCAAAGCCCAUCUCACAGUGCGAGGUAAAUAUGUCUGA